AAGAAAACGCGUUUCUGCAUUCGCCAACGAAACAAUUACGCUAACUAUAUCCCAAAAUAAGCGUUAUGUUUCUGUUUCUGGGUUUCCGAAUCGCACCCAUUUUCCAUUCUCAAAUUUUCUCGUGUUUCGCUUUGAAUCGAUAAGUUAACAAAAAGCAUAAGAUUGAGAUUGGGGCAAAAAAUGUUAUUCAAGUGUUUGGGAGCUCAAAGGGCAAGAAGAUUCCAGAGAGCUCUCAGCCAUUGCAAGGUUACCAUCCUCUGCCUCGUCCUCACCAUUGUUGUCCUGCGCGGCACCAUCGGCGCCGGCAAGUUCGGCACGCCGGAGCAGGAUCUCAUCGACAUUCGCAACCACUUCCACUCACGCAAGCUACCCGAGCCUCAUCGCAUUCUUGGUGAGCUUCAUUCUACGACGUCGUCUUCGUCUUCGUCUUCCUCUUCCUCUUCCUCUGGUUCUGAUAGUUCCACUUCCACCACCAAUUACAACGCCUUCGAUAUCAACACCAUAUUGGUCGAUGAAGAAGAAGAAGAAGGGGACAACGAGAAACGCAACCAAGAUGAGCCUUAUCGUCUCGGACCUAAAAUCUCGAAUUGGAAUGAACAGAGAUCGAGGUGGCUUCGUGAAAACCCCAAUUACUCGAAUUUCAUUCGACCCAACAAGCCUAGGGUGCUUCUGGUAACUGGGUCGUCGCCGAAACCGUGUGAGAACCCCGUUGGUGAUCAUUACUUGUUGAAGUCUAUAAAGAACAAGAUUGAUUAUUGUCGGUUGCAUGGUAUUGAGGUGUUUUACAACAUGGCCCUCCUCGAUGCUGAAAUGGCAGGGUUCUGGGCCAAGCUUCCUUUGAUUCGGAAGCUUCUUUUGUCACACCCGGAGGUGGAAUUCUUGUGGUGGAUGGAUAGUGAUGCCAUGUUCACGGACAUGGCAUUUGAAGUGCCGUGGGAGAAGUAUAAAGACUAUAAUUUGGUGAUGCACGGUUGGAACGAGAUGGUCUAUGAGCAGAAGAAUUGGAUUGGGUUGAAUACUGGUAGCUUUUUGUUGAGGAACUGUCAGUGGUCGUUGGAUAUUCUUGAUGCCUGGGCGCCAAUGGGGCCAAAAGGGAAAGUUAGGGAUGAUGCUGGAAAAAUUCUCACCCGUGAACUCAAGGAUAGGCCGGUUUUUGAAGCCGAUGAUCAAUCAGCGAUGGUUUAUUUACUGGCAAAAGAGAGGGACAAGUGGGGUGAUAAGGUUUAUCUUGAGAAUGCUUAUUACUUGCAUGGUUACUGGGGUAUUUUGGUUGAUAGAUAUGAGGAGAUGAUUGAGAAUCACCAUCCUGGUCUUGGUGACCAUCGCUGGCCCUUGGUGACUCAUUUUGUUGGUUGCAAGCCUUGUGGGAAGUUUGGGGAUUACCCAGUUGCUCUAUGCUUGAAGCAGAUGGACAGAGCUUUCAAUUUUGGAGAUAACCAGGUACUGCAGAUUUAUGGGUUCACACACAAGUCAUUGGCUAGUAGGAGUGUUAAGAGAAUACGAAAUGAGACUAGCAACCCUCUUGAUGUCAACGAUGAACUUGGCUUGCUUCAUCCUGCAUUUAAAGCAGUCUGAAACAGGAAAGUAGGAUAUAUAAGGUAUAUUGUGAGAAACAGGAAAGCAGGCUAUAUAAUAUAUUUUUGGUUUAAUAUUAUUCUGUAAAGGUAAUAGGAAACAGGCUUUUUGCAAUUAUGCCAGGGUAACGCUGGGUACAGGGAUUUCCUCCACCCACACUCACUAGUCGGGUUUAACAAGGAUUUCCUCCACCCCACACUCAGUAGUCGGGUAUAACGGGAAGUGGUUUUUAUUGUUCUAUAGCUUCUCUCUCUUUCUCUCUGUAUAUAGCUUCUCAACUUAAAGUUUGUAAAUUAUUCCUU